UAGGUCACGCAACCUUGGCAACUGCUCCCGGAAGCAAAAAGCCGAGGGGCGGAGAAGAAGGUGGAAAGUUGGGCCUGCGUCCGGGUCGGCCGGCAGGGGGCGGGGCCGGGCAUGGUAACGGCUGGGAAGCCGAGGGGGCUGGGCCGGAGCGAGGCGGAGGGAGCGGUGUCCGCUACCGCUGUCGCUGCCGCUGCCACCGCUGCUCCAACCUGUUCUGCGUAGCCCACGCGGGCUCCAUCGCAGCCAUGAUGAUCCACGGCUUCCAGAGCAGCCACCAGGACUUCUCCUUCGGGCCCUGGAAGCUGACGGCAUCCAAGACCCACAUCAUGAAGUCAGCGGAUGUAGAGAAGUUAGCUGAUGAAUUGCAUAUGCCAUCUCUCCCUGAAAUGAUGUUUGGAGACAAUGUUUUAAGAAUCCAGCAUGGCUCUGGCUUUGGGAUUGAAUUCAAUGCUACAGAUGCAUUAAGAUGUGUGAACAACUACCAAGGAAUGCUUAAAGUAGCCUGUGCUGAAGAGUGGCAGGAAAGCAGGACGGAGGGUGAACACUCCAAGGAGGUUAUUAAACCAUAUGAUUGGACCUAUACAACAGAUUAUAAGGGAACAUUACUUGGAGAAUCACUUAAGUUAAAGGUUGUACCUACAACAGAUCAUAUAGAUACAGAGAAAUUGAAAGCCAGAGAGCAGAUUAAGUUUUUUGAAGAAGUUCUUCUGUUUGAGGAUGAACUUCAUGAUCAUGGAGUUUCAAGCCUGAGUGUGAAAAUUAGAGUCAUGCCGUCAAGCUUCUUCUUACUGUUGCGGUUUUUCUUGAGAAUUGAUGGGGUACUUAUUAGAAUGAAUGAUACAAGACUUUACCAUGAGGCCGACAAGACCUACAUGUUACGAGAAUAUACAUCACGGGAGAGCAAAAUUUCUAAUUUAAUGCAUGUUUCACCUUCCCUCUUCACGGAACCUAAUGAAAUAUCACAGUAUUUACCGAUAAAGGAGGCGGUUUGUGAGAAGCUAAUAUUUCCAGAAAGAAUUGAUGCUAACCCUUCAGACUCAAAAGAAUGUACACCUAUGGAAUAGAAUGUGUUACAACAUAUACUCACCCGUGGAAUCUGACUGGAGACCUUGGGGCUAUUUGGAGGAGGGUAUUUUUAUUAUGAGAUUUAAUUGCCUUGUCUAUGUGCAAAUUUUCUGUAGCCUUAAAGGAAAAAAAAUAAAAGAUUGUUACAGGCAGGUUCCACUCAACUGCCAUUUGUACUCUCUAUCUUCAAAUUCAUAUGCCAGGUUUAUAUUUUCUGGAGUUUAAUUCGGAUUUCUAAAUUGUUACAAAAUGGGGUCUCACCAGUAGGAGGUGAUGUGUAUUUGUCUCAGGAACAGUGGACACGACUUGUAUCCAUCAUGAAAUGCUGUCUCCUACCAUGAGGAGGUUAAUUUAAAUCACUGAAUGAUGACCUUGUAACUUUCAUAGGAUUCCUAAUCAUGCAUGUUGAUGUACUGGUUCUUUACCUUGGGCUUUUUGGUGUUUAUUCGCACUUGUGGAGAGUCAUGAUUUGCCUCCUAGAAAACUGACCUCAAAUGGUUUAUACCCCAAAAUUAAAAAAAAAAAGUUACCCCUCUAAAUUUAAAUUAGCUUUUAAAUUUUAAAGACUGUUUCAGACAAUGAACCAUGUAACCUAGGUUUUCAGAGAACUUAAGGUGUUAUGUCCUUGGAAACACCUGAACAUGGUUUGCCAUUGACAAGUCAGAUGUCGGCUGUUUCUCCUCCAUCUUUAGGUGCUUUUUCUUAAGUGUGGUUCUAUUUGUACUGACACUUUUUACUUCCAUCUUCCAUGCACCCUCAGAGUGAAUAAAUCCAUGGGAUAUUGAAUUUGGUAUUGGUCCUAAAAAGUUUGAAAUGUUAAUAUGUUUUUUAAGCAGCAAUUAUAUCAACCCCUAAAGCAACCAGAUUAAUUUUCUGCUUAAAAUAGUUGAAGGGUAGCUGUGGAGGAGGAGGGAGCUUAUUUUAAAAUAUAAAAACCAGUUUUUCUUUUUUAAGAUUCAUGUUUUUAAUAUUAUAGGAUCCAGUAAAAUGUACUUAAUUAAUACAAGACCUAGGUAGUACAGAAAGUACACAAAAGUACAUUUAAAAUCCAUUUGGUUAUUUUGAUGGUGACCAUUUAUACACUUUAUAUUCUUUUCUGCCUUUCUAAAUGGUCUCUAUAAUGUAGGAAGUGGUUAUAAAGCACCAAGUAAGAAAUUACUUUAAAUGGAUUUUUAAAAAUAUUUUACUUGCAGGUCAGGGGAAAAAAUUAUCCCCUUUAUCUUGUUUGAAAUAACUAUUGUACAUAUUUACGCUUGAUACGUAAAUCAUUAAAGAAAAAUAUUUAAUUAAUAAGUAAGUAUUAGCAAAGCUCUUCAGGUAUUAGCCUGAAGAAGAAUUUUAGUGAAACAAAUACAACUGGAUAUUCAUCAUUGCUCAGACUCUGCUGUGUUGUGUGUGUUGGUUUUUUUUUUUUAAGCUAAUUUUAUUAGCUAAAUUUGGUCACAAAUGAUUUUGGUAUUUGAUUGCCUUCUGCUGCAUCACCUGCAAGGUAUAGAAAAUCAGGAUUUGUUGGAUUUAAGAAAAUACAUGGCAUGUUCACUGUAUAUUAAAUAUACCUAUAUUUAAUGUUUUCUCUUAGGACAGAAAAGUGUACAUAUUGUAUUCUGCUUCCUGUUCAUUUUAUUUGCCAUGCAGAUUUGAAAAGAACAGACUCUCUAAUCUAGGUACAGAUUAUGAGAAAUGAAAAAUUUGUAAGAAUGUUCAUUAGUUGAAUUAGUUGAGGUUUCUGGGCAACAUUUUAUUAUAUACAUAUUAUUAGCUUGAUUCAGAUGUCUUAGGUCUUGAGUCAGCUUUAGAUUACUUAUUUUGAGAAUCCAUUGUUAAAAAUUGUAGAUUGGCCUUUUCAUAGAGGGUGGGAAGUGGAUAAGAUGAGUGUACUUCUGAAAAUUUCAUUAGUUUAUCUCUGUGGAGAAUACCAAGAAAACUUGUAUUUGCCCAUUGCUAAAUAAGACAUAUACCAUUUUAUAUUUAUUUGGUCCAAGUGUCUUUUUGUAAGAGGAGAAUAAACAGUAAAUCAUUA